AGAAGCGAAGAAAAAAAGUAAGGACAAGAACAAGUAAUAAAUAGGUCAAUGGAUCGAUCCAAAAACACACCAAUUUCUAUCCUUUCAAAUACAUAACUCCGAUUGAUUCCAAAUGCCUUACAACGCCCGAUCAGAUGUUCUCACAGAACCAGUUGCCAAUGGUGGGCUCGAAGACCCUCGAGCUGCCAAACAGCGAUCAUUUAGUGAACGGAUGACUUGUCGGGACCUCACCGAUUUUAUAAUAAACACAGCGGAUAUCUCACCACUAGAACCCAGAUACAAUAGGGAGUCCCACAUACAAAAGUCAAAUAGAGAAUGCCAGGCCAAACUUGGCAGGGUCCUCUCCCGGUCUAAGGAGAUUAGGUUGCCUGCCGCCGAACAGGAUGUGCGCCAACCCUUAUCGGACCUCCUGCCUGGGCCAAUCGUCACUGGUGGUCUCAGUCGAUCGCCUGCUUUUGAUUGCCUACCUGUUGUGUCCCAUUGGGCUGAGCGCACCGACGAGCCAUCAGCUGCAGACCAUGCCGCCACGGUACGAAUUUUUUCGACUUGGGAAGCCAUUGAAGUCAUUGGAGAAGGGGCCACCAUGCAGUUUCCACUUGGAGCUCCAUGUUGGUCGCUAAAGUCUCACGGCAUCUCCCCUGUAGAUCCGGGAUCUAGUAAGUUUUCUCAAAAAUAUCUAGAGAACACUAAAACGCUGGUUACGACUGUUGCGUUGGCCCGCCGUGUUGACACCCCUCAAACUGGGGGGGUUCUGAGCGCUGCGAGCGAUAUCUCUCGAAUGCGCAACACACGUGUUGCAGACGCCGUUGAUUGUGCGCUAGGGUUGCUUUCAGAUGCUUCAGAGCUCUUGGCCGCACGUAACAAGGUGAUAGCGACCGGAAAUCCAGAACGUCUCGCUUUCGCCGAGGUGCACGAGGUAGUCCUGCCCUCCUGGUGCUCCGCCCGAAAACCUCUCCCACCAAAGCUGAGCGGUGUGGCACUCUCAAAUGACCCUGCUACCAUCGAUGUUCUUGCCCGGGAGGGUUGCGAGGGGCCGCUACUCAACACCAGUAUCUUCUCCAUGGCGGUGGGCUAUAAUCGCGGUGUCUAUGGGGGCUCGAUCUCAGGUCUGUGGGCAAUAAUGGAUUCGGCCUUUGUCCUCGAUUACUCAAUAGGCAAAGACAGCCCUGAGAUGGCGGAGAAACUGGCUUUUAGUUUUGCUGAAGUCGCGGCUGUUUCUGAAACCGCCGUAUAUGCCGGUGACCAUAUCACCGAUAUUCGAGUUGUCAAAGGCUGCAACUAUUCAUGCUUACGCCAAAAGGCCAUCAUUGAGGACACCAGUCCUGUUGAAUCCCGACCAUGUAUAGUCGUUUGGAAAGACCUCGCCCGACUGGCCCGUUAUAAGCUCGCGGAUGCAGUUUUCUGUCAUGUCUAUUAUGAUUCCGGUGGCGGGGAGCAAAUGGCAGCAAUGGCCGGUCUGGGAUGCGUAGCGCAUGACUGGAUUGAUAUGGGUGCUGAUUUAGCAUGUGGAGAGAUUAGCAACAUCAUCCCUUCAUUGACAGGAGGCUCGUUUGCAGAGGAACUGUUGGCCGAAGUGUACUCUCGUUUUAUGGGUUCGAUGAUCUGGUACCGCGAUAACGAUCCAUAUAACCCAGCCGCUCUAUGCAUUUUGUUCACUCACUGGUGGCAGCUUGCCAAUUGUCGCCACCGACCUAUUACUCUUCUGGGCCGGACUGACCUCGAUACUGUUAACAAAGGCAUCGCCGCAACAAUUCCGGAAGGAAGGCCAUCAUUGGAGCAUUUUCGAGCAUGUGGUACCAAGAUCGAGCGUAGUGACCGUCCACUUGCUAACGCCGAGGAGCGGCUUCGAUGUCUCCUUUCCUCAAAUCCAUUGCCGGAAACUCAAGCAGUCAUUGACCUCCUUGUGAAACCAGUUCUUGCCUACGUGAAAGGAGGGGAUCGGUUACCUUUUGAGAAUGAAUACGUGGGUGCUGUCCUUGCUGCUGAAAUAGCUUACCCCCACGGGCAGAAGAUUAUAGAAUUAUGGGACCUGGCGAUUGUCAUGUGGGAAUGUGGGGCCAUGUGGGCCGCCGGAGUGGCAGGUCUUUGCUAUACUCACACCGGAAAGUUCAACUGUGAUAGAGCUCGCAAUGAUUUGUCGGAAACUACUUGGAGUUAAAUGACGGGUUUGAUUA